CAGCCAUGAAUAUACCAUUUAAAAGACCACGUUUUUGAACAGAAAAAUCCUAGUUUCACUGAAGAAUGUUUCUACUGGUUCUGUGCACCUUGUUGCUCUGGGGAGCGGCGUUCUCUGACACAACCGUCACAAUCUACAACGAGUGGCUCUCCCAGGGUGGCCGUGUCCAUUAUGAACCUGAAAGAUGGAACAAACAUAAUGCUCUCGACAAAAGGACACUAAUUCCUAAUUGUAAAUCUAUCGGAACGGCUCCCGGGCGUUGGGUGAACAGAGACCUGAGGGAGAAUCUCUUUGCAAAUUGGCCUCAAAACCCUAGUCACCAUGGUUACCCAGACCCCACCUAUCUUCAGGACCAUGCACUGCAGAGAAGGACAUGGGGUUCCUACAUGUUUCAACUGACUGGCUAUGGGAGUGUCGUCGACGACAUGGUCUGGGAAAUGAAAGGUUUGAGUUGGCCCAUUUGGAUGAAUAAGUCUAAUCAUCAAGGUGGAUUCCCCAACAACGUUGACGCUGCAUCAGAACUUGUGUCGCUGAUGGUGCAGAGUGCCAAGAGUUACAUAGGAGGACGCCUUCCCUACAUAUUUGAAGUCAUCAAUGAACCUGAUUGGGCCGAAAAGAUUAUUGACCCACAAACGAAUGUAGAUUACCAAAGGGCCGUCGCUGAUAAGCUGAAAUCAAGAUUUGGAAUGAAAGUUGCAGGCCCAUCGUACACCAGUUUUGCCUUACGACAAGCAGAUGAAAAUGACUUCAGCUACUGGAAGAGAACUGCUAAGUUCCUGGACAUGUCUCUUGAUCACUUGGACUUUUUCUCUUUCCAUUCCUACAACUAUCUGCAUAUACCAGGCAGAAAUCACACCAACUUUAGUAAUUAUACCUACUAUGGUAUCAACGAAGCUCGACUAGUUGCUUCUCUUGAUAUGGUGGAGAAUUACUCUCAUCAAAAGAAAGGAAAAGGUGUUCAGUUAGUUAACACUGAAUUUGGAUUAGGUUUACUUAAUCUAGGCGUUAGCCCCAACUUUGAAAAUGGAAUAAUAGACUUCCAGACCAUUUAUCAACUUAACGGCUUCAUGUUUACUUUUCUUACUCUAAGAGAGUUUAUAGACAGAGUUACAGCAUAUCUCCUCGCAAAUGAACAAUACCCAGGUCAUACUUCCCUUCGAAAUUCCUUGUUCACCACGGACGGUCAUCCCCUUUCAGCAGCCAAAUUCUACACCUUUUGGCAUAACUUUAAUUCUAAUCAAACGUUUCUGCGAGUCUCAAGUCAGUACAAUGGGCAGGAGAGAAUAGUUGCACCACUUGCCCUUGCAAACCCUCACACUAAAGAGAUGGUAGUUCUUCUCCACAACUAUGGCAGUAAAUAUGAGAAUGUGAAACUUGACUUUAACAACAGCUGGUUCAACCCUUCUACUGGUACAGAAACAUGCAUUCUGUUCGAAAAUGGUAAUCCAGCUGUUCAUCUCAAUUACCCUUUCAACAUGUCUGAGCAUAAUGGAACCGUUGGUCUCCCGGGAUCUUCAACCUGCUUCUACAAGUUUAAAACCAACUACAACUUUGCCGGAAUACACACUGACAACCAGAUCACAUACUAUGGCAAAGACAUGGUGAUCCCUAUCAGCAACGGACAUGCGCAGACAACCAUCAGUCUACCCGGCUCUGGCUAUCAUACAUCUCGUCUUAGAGUAGGAGUUAGCCGAGACAAGAACGCCAAUGCAAAACCCCAGGAAGUUGUGUUCAAUGGCCACGCAUUGUCUGCAAGCUACAUGCUCUUUGAUGCUAUGAAGAUUCUCGGGAAAACAAACUGGAACGUGUGGGAGUACAUGGUCCCCGAAUCACUGGUCCACCCAACAAACACUGUCAACAUGACAUUUGAUGGAGACGGAGGUACUGUGACGUCCGUCGCACUCGUUGUUGGAACACUUCAGUAGAUAAAAUUAUCUUGAAGCUUU